GGUCAUAUACUUCGGAUGGAAACUACAAAGGUUGAUGAUGUCAAAAAAACAUCAAAAAGAAAGAUUGCUGCAGUCAAAGUGACUGAUUGGGUGGAGCCAUCUUUUAGUGAUUUCUGUAAGGAUACAAUUCUAUCAUCCGACAUUCUUCAUAAGAAGCCAUCAACAGAUACCAAACACAGUCGGAAGAAAAAAGAGUGUUGCUCUCCGAUAGAAAGUUGUAAGACUGAAAGAAAAAAAAGAAAGCCACCUUCUACAGAUGAGCAAUAUAAAUAUAAACUCUCAAAACAAAACCAUAGCCAAAACGAAUCUUGGGUGGAUAAAUACAAACCGAAAACUCAGAAUGAGCUUGCCAUACACAAGAAGAAAAUUGAAGAAGUUGAAGCAUGGUUAAAAGAUCACACAUUUCAAAGGCCUCCCAGACAGGAAGGCUCUAUUUUAUUAUUAACUGGUCCUCCAGGAUGUGGCAAGUCUGCAACUGUGGAAAUAUUAGCCAAAGAUCUUGGCAUUCAAGUGCAAGAAUGGAUAAAUCCUAUAUCACUAGACUUCAAGAAAGACGAUGUCAUAGAUUCUUUGAGCCAUGAGUCUGAUUUUCAGAUACUUCCUUAUCAGAGCCAGACUGCUCUCUUUCAAGAAUUUCUAUUAAGAGCAAACAAAUAUGCCAGUCUUCAGAUGGUUGGACAAUCCAUGGAAACUGCCAAAAGACUUAUUCUUGUGGAAGAUAUGCCAAACCAUUUUUACCGUGACCAUAGCUGUUUACAUGAAAUCUUGAGAAGGUUUGUGCGGACAAGCAGAUGUCCUCUUGUGUUUAUAAUAUCAGAUGCCUUCAGUGGAGCCAGCAACCAAAGGUCUCUAUUUCCAAAGGAGAUUCAGGAAGAGCUACAUAUAGCUAAUAUUAGUUUUAACCCCGUGGCUCCAACGAUGAUGAUGAAAGUUCUAAAUCGAAUAGCUGGAGCAGAGUUCAAGACGAAUGGAGAAAAAACCGAUGUCCCUGACAUACCUUCAUUAGAGUUGAUUUGCAAAGGAUGUUCAGGUGAUAUUAGGAGUGCAAUAAAUAACCUUCAGUUUUCUUCUUUAAGAGACUGCUCAUCAGAGAACAACUUUCUGUCGCAGAAAAAGGGGAAUUCCACAUUAAAAUAUGAUACAUUAUCUAAAGUAAAGAAGAAAAAGAAAUUUGGGAACCCGGAGUUACAAGCUGUUGGCGCCAAAGAUUCCUCCAUCUUUCUGUUCCAUGCCUUGGGGAAAAUACUUUACUGCAAAAGAGAACCAGCAACAGACUUGGAGUUUCCUCUGUUACCUGUUCAUUUAACAGAAUAUGAACGAAAUCCCUUGCUUGUUCAUCCUGAGGAUGUUGUAGAAAAGUCGCACAUGCCUGGGGACUUAUUUAAUUUAUACCUUCAUCAAAACUACAUAGACUUUUUCUCCGAUAUCGAUGAUCUUGUGAGAGCCAGUGAAUAUUUGAGUACUGCUGACUUCCUUUGCAGUAACUGGGAUGCAAGACCUACACUCCGGGAAUAUAGUGCAUCCAUAGCCACAAGGGGCGUAAUGCAUUCAAACAGAUCCAGAGCCUCUGCUCAAAGCAAAGGAGGAAUGGGCUUUCGGCCCCUUCAUAAACCACAGUGGUUCCUAAUAAACAAAAAGUAUCAGGAAAACUGCAUUGCUGCAAAAUCCCUCUUUUCAAGUUUCUGUUUGCCACCGCUGUGCCUUCAGACCCAGCUUUUACCUUAUCUUGCCAUGCUGACAAAUCCAAUGAGAAACCAAGCUCAGAUUACUUUUAUUCAGGACGUUGGAAGGCUUCCUUUAAAGAAACACUUUGGAAGGUUGAAGCUUGAAACUCUUACUGAUAAAGACUCAGCAAUACAGGUCCUAGACAGUGACGAUGAAGGUGAUUUUGCUGAGAUGCAGUCCACAAAUGUGCUUACCCAAAUGGAGAAAAACAAAACCAGUGAGAAAAAUGAACCAUAUGAAAGUCCUCUUCCUUCCAGCCAAUCUAGUGGAAACGAACUACCAGCCAGUCAACCCCAGCCGAUUGUAGCACAAGCAGUCAUGGAGGCAAAUGAACUAAUCAUAGAGGAAUAUGAUAGUGACUAGAAGGUGUGAAAUGGCAACCCCAAAGCUGUGAUAGUGUUUAACAUAAUAAUUUUAGGUUUAAUAUUUUAUAAGCAAUCUUAGCCAACUGUACUGAGAAUGCUACUACUGAUAACCUCAACUUAUUUCUUUGGGCUAUUAUUACUUUGCCACAGUUUCACUCAGCUUCAUUUCCAGAGAAACAAAUGAUACACAAGAUAUCUGAGUACUGGAUUUCCCCAGUACUGUACUAUUUGACUCUACACUGUAAAGCUUCAACAGUGUGCACUUCAGUUCAAAAUUUUGGUCCCAGUCCGAGAGGUGGUGUGGAAAUCAGUAUUAUGAGGCAAAUGCAUUGAUUUACAUGCCUCUUACAGAUAUUUGGAGGGACACUGUCAAUAGUUU